GUCUGGAGCAACCUAUCCGGCAGGGAUCAACGAUCCAACAAUGGUGAGCUUUGGCAUUGGUGCGCGUUUACGGAGAGAAACAUGAACAACAACGGGCAUUUAGGCUCAAAAUCUGAGCAAUCUACGGUCUACUUGUGGACGGCCAGGUCAUACUUAUUUCCAUAUUCUCAUGGCAGAUGCGCCGCUUCUCAGCGGGGCGAUGCCCCAGCCUCAAGGUGGUGGAACCUUUUCUCCACCUGAAGGGCUGUCCUCUUUGGAGGCCGCGGGACGCCUCCGGAAGGAUGGUCCCAAUGAGCUGGAUCCCCCACAGGAGGAGCCCUUCCUGAGGAUCCUUCUACGGCAGGCGCAGAGCGUCUUCUUCCUGCUCUCGUUCCUGGCGGCGGUGCUGUGUCACAGCUCUGGGGAUUCCUCGCGGGCGGCGAUCCUGCUGGGUCUGGUGGUCACCGUGCUGCUGUCGAACACCUUCGGGGAAUACAGCGGCCAGGAUGCGGGCAAAGCGCUUUCGAAGAUGACGGCGCCUCGAUGUCGCUGCUUGCGCGAUGGGCAGGUCGUGGAGUUGGAGGCGAAGACUCUAGUGCCGGGCGACGUGGUGCCGCUGACGACCGGCGACGUCAUACCAGCCGACAUGGUCUUGCUGGAGGCGGUCGACUUGAAGACCAACGAGUCGAUCCUCACCGGGGAGCCCCGCGACGUGAGCAAGUCCACGGAGACCGACACCAGCGACGCGCCCUUCCGGAGCCACAUGGUCUACAGCGCCACGUCGGUGACCAGCGGCCAUGGGAAAGGUGAAGUCGUGGACACUGGGAUGCGCACACAGUUGGGCAUUAUUGCCAAACGCCUGCAGGAAUCCAAGACCUUGAUGGACAAGAGCCCCUUGAUGGUCUCAGUGAAUGUGCUUGGACGGACCUUGUCCUUGGUGGUCGUCUUCGUGAUGCUGGCGGCCACGUCGCUGGCCUUCGUGAGCAAAUAUGAGGAUCCAGCCAAGCCAUGCCCCAGUGAGGAUUCCAAGUGUUUCUUGAAAUCAGCGGUCCUACGCGCUCUGAUCAUGUCUGUGUCCGUGGUACCCCAUGGGUUACCGAUGGUCCUGAUGGUCAUGAUGCGCGUGAGCUCCAAGAAGAUGGCUGAGAAGGGUGGCCUGGUGAUGAAGCUCUCAGCGGUGGACUACAUCGCAGCCACCACGGUGAUUUGUAGCGACAAGACGGGCACCUUAACCGAGGGAAAGAUGACCGCCGCGAUGCUCACGGCCGUGUGCCACAGCGGGGCGGAGGCGGCCGCCGGCGGAAGCAGCCAGGAAUCUAUUUUGUCAUUCUAUCCGUUGAAAGGCUUCUCUCCCGAGGGUGGUCUCUAUCCACACUCCCAGCUGCACGAUGAUCUUCGAUUCCAACUGGAUGCUGGCGAAGCUGGCGCUGCUGGUGGAGCUGGUGCUGCAGAUCUUGACUUGGCUCAACCGGGCGGAAAGCCAACAAGCUUGGAUGGAUUGAUGGCUCAGACCCACUUGGCAUGUGCUUUCUUGGCCUCACAUCAAACUAGCCUCUCUCAAAAUUCCGAUGGGAUUUGGGAAGUCACUGGCAACAUGACGGAUGGCGCCCUUCGCGUGGCGGCCGCCAAGGCGGGCUAUCACGAAGCUCGAGCGCACGGAGCACUAUUGCAGGCACAUGCGCCCGUGAGCGAGUUGGAGGUGCCCUUUAGCUCGAGGCGUAAGAUGAUGGCCACGGUCCACGUGUUAUCGGAAGCGCGCUUGGGAAGCUUCAUUCGAUGCCCUGAGAACUGCACACACCUGGCGAUUGUGAAGGGUGCGCCGGAGCAGUUGAUCGAGAAGGUGGGCUCGAUCCCCCGGCAUUCCUCGGGAGAGCUGCAGGUUCCGGGUGGGGCGCUCGCCUCCGCCGAUCGGCAGAAGCUGUGGCAACAGAAUCAAAUGCUGGCGGAGAAGGCUCUACGAAGUCUCCUCUUGGUGCUCCGCCCCUUGUCGCCGGCAGAUGUCCAGGCCAUGUGUUCGGCGGCCACCGUGGACGAGCGCUUGAAGAUCAUUUGGAACGACCCGGCGAUGGCAUGUCCUUUGAGCUUGUGGGGCAUCUACGAUCCGCCACGCGCAUCGGUACCCUCGAGUAUACGCACCUGUCAAGAAGCCGGGAUUCGCGUGGUGAUGAUCACGGGCGACCAGCAAGCCACAGCCGCCGCCAUUGGAAAGCAGAUCGGGCUCUUGCAGCCACAUGAUGACGAAACGGUGGCCGCCAGCUGUGCUGAGCUCCAUGAGCCCGUCCGACUGCAACCCGACCGGCGCCUCUCGCGGCAGGCGCAGGAGCUACUGAGCGCGGCUCCGCCCCGCGCCGUGAGCCGCGGCAGCGCUGCACGCGGCAGCACGGGGUCUUCCAAGCCUGGCUCCCGAAGGUUGUCGAUUCACGAUCAACGUGGACCACAGGAUCCCGAGCCGGAGUUCAAGUCAGAAGAGGACCUUUUGGAGAUCACUUCCCGGGUGAAGUGCUUCGCCCGAGCGCAGCCCUCCGAUAAGGUGGCCAUCGUGGAAUCCCUGCGAGCGGCGGGGCAUAUCGUUGCGAUGACGGGCGAUGGAGUGAACGACGCGCCGGCGCUGAAGGCGGCGGAUGUGGGUGUGGCGAUGGGCAUCACUGGCACUGCCGUGACGAAGAAUGCAAGCGACCUGAUCCUGCUGGAUGACAACUUUUCGACCAUCCAGCUGGCGAUCGAGGAGGGUCGCCGGAUCUUCGGGAAUGCUCAGAAGUAUUUGACGGUGAAUCUCAGCAUGAAGUUCGCGGAGCUCACGAGCUUGUUGCUCUCCAUGACGCUAGGAGUGCCUCCAGUCUUGAAGCCCACACCGCAACUCCUGAACAUGGCCAUCACACAUGGGGCCAGCACCCUUUGCUUGGCCUUCGAGCUGGCCGAGCCCUAUGCGAUGAAAGUCCCUCCCCGCGAUGUGAAGAAAGGCUUGGUCUCGAAGACUCAGGUGUUGCUGCGAAUGGUGCCCUUUGUGAUCUUCUUCCCGGUGGCCGUCUAUUCCUCACUGAUGCUGGGCUGUAGUGGAUCCAUCGGCUACGUCACGAACCAGGCGCUGAUGGGAAGCUCCAAGGUGACGGACGUGAAGAAUGGCCUGAGCGUUUGCGAACACGCAGGUUGGGAAGACGCCAAUGGUCACUACGAAGCAGAUAGCCGGCCCUUUCACUGCAGCUGUCGGGUUGCGGAGGGUCUGUGGCAGGCUCGUGUGGUGGAUCAAUGGGGAAGCUCACAGGUGCUGGAUCCGCGCAUGGAUUUCUCGAAGAACCUGUGGGAACUCUCCAUCGACAACGGCGACUGGAAGGGUCAAGCUGGUUUGGUGAUGCCUUGCGCAAGGGACGUCAGCCGUUGGUGCUGGAAAGAUUCAGAAGUUCGACCCGUCUUGAGGAUCAGUUGCAUGGAUCAUGGCUUGAGGUUGGCUCAAACCAUGUCCUUCGUGACCAUCAUGUUUGGGGAACUCUUGGCCAUCAUGUGCUUCCGAAGUGAGAAGAGUGUGCUGAGAAUGGCCUUUUUCCAGAAUGCCUGGUUCAACAGCACCUUUCUAUGCAACCUGCUGACGAUGUGUUUGCUCGUUUACGUCCCGCCACUGGCCAAGCUUCUGGAGUUUGUACCUCUUAGCCCGAUCCAACUUGCCACGGCCAUGGCGUGUUCCUUGUGUGUUUUGCUGGCCUGUGAAAUUGGCAAGAUCUUUUACAUCUCCAGCCAAUCCAAGAUUUACAAAGCCCAACAGGAGAAAGCUUUGAUACUCUCCGGGCGUCAGAGCCCAAAGGACAUGGUUUGAGUGAGGCGAAGCAGAAUCUUGAGGACAUGCGGAAAAAACAUGUGACAUGUGGGUGCCUUUGUG